AGUGGUAGGUGCUAUACAGUUGUAAUCCCAGCAUUGAGGGAGCAGAGACAGGAAGACGUUGACGCAAAUGAGACGCUGUGUUUACACCUACCCCUGGCCUGCUGGGCCACAGAAGUGUUCCUCAUCUGGCCUGGGCGGCAAAAACCAGUCAGCUGGGGUUUACCGCAGCUGGGGCUCGCCCACGGACAGUCAGGGUGGGCACUCUUUUCCUCAAGGCGCCAGACCCCACGUCUAACAAUUAGGGAGCCAACAGCUCGGCUUAUUUAGAGGAAAAAAAAACAUUUAAAUAGGUGCCAAUCGUUAAGGACGGUGCCUGGCACUCUGUCCCCUGUGUCCGCUCAGCCUGGCGACCCAAGAACCUCUGCCCACUGGACUGCGUAGGGGCAGCCACCGUUUGCUGAAACCCAACUCGGGCUCCUGUAGUUAGAGCGUGGCUCGAGGUACAGCCAGCCUUGCGUGCAGGAGAAACCAAGAAACAAAACAACAGAACCCCACAAGAGACAAGGUGAAGCCGUGCAGUGCAACCCGGGGACGGUACCUGGCUGCCCCCCUCCGCCCGCGCUCACGCUGCGCGCGCACACGGUUCGCUGGGCUCCGGAGGAAGGACCACAUCCGGGGCCCUGUGGCCGCGGCACGGUUGCCAUGGUAGCAGGGUGGCUGGCAGGCCUCCCACGCUGAGGGCCAAACUCGCAGCGACCGGGAGGCCGCGCAGCGCCGCGACAAUGAGCGAGGGCACAGCAGAUCUGGCCUCGGAGACGGGAGAUGAUAGUCUGUCUGCGAUCACUUUUGAUUCUGACGUUGAGACGAAAACAAAAAGAAAGGUUUUCCAGAAACCUCCUCCCACAUCACCAAAGUCACCUUACUCCUCCAAGUCCAAAAAAGUGACACCCUGGCGUGCUCUGAAGACAACAGGAAGUAUGCCUCUGAGUAGCAGAAUGUCUCUGACCCCGCAGAAGCUGUGGAUAGGAGGAGGAUCGAAACAGGGAAGUGGGACCCAGCCCCUGAGCUCCACACAUCCCUCGGAGCACGCGUGGACCCAUCCCCCCAGCUGCACUCCUGACUACUUGACAGAAGCCGUGAAAGCGAAGAGGGCAGACCUCAAGCGUUCUGGCAGCCAUGGUCACGGCUCUGGGACAUCUGUGUACAGAGAGAAGGAGGACAUGUAUGAUGAAAUCAUUGAGUUGAAGAAGGCUACCCAGGAGGAAAGCCCACGCCUGCCUAGGAAAGGCCAAGCCUUCCAACCACCUCCCGAGAGCUCCCCGGGGCAGGCAAGGCGCCUGCAGGGGCUCACUUCAACAGGAGUCCUGGUAGCUUCCACGUCCUUACAUAUGCAGAAAAGUGACGUGGAUCUGAUGAGAACAAAACUUCGGCGCCUGGAAGAGGAGAAUAGCAGAAAGGAUCGGCAGAUAGAGCAGCUUUUGGAUCCAGGGCGAGGCUCAGACUUCGUGCGGACCCUGGCAGAGAAAAGGCCUGAUACUGGUUGGGUUAUCACCGGGCUCAAGCAAAGGAUCUUCAGGCUGGAGCAACAGUGCAAGGAAAAGGACAACACUAUCAACAAACUGCAAACCGACAUGAGGACCACCAACCUGGAGGAGAUGCGCGUCGCCAUGGAGACGUACUACGAAGAGAUCCAUCGUCUGCAGACCCUCCUGGCGAGCUCUGAAGCCACAGGAAAGAAGCCCAUUCUUGAUAAGAAGCUGGGUGUGAAGAGGCAGAAGAAGAUGAGCAGCGCUCUGCUGAACUUGACUCGGAGCGUGCAGGAACUGACAGAGGAGAACCAGAGCCUGAAGGAGGACCUGGACCGCAUGCUGAGCAAUUCCCCUACUGUCUCCAAAAUAAAGGGUUAUGUAGAUUGGAGCAAGCCCCGGCUGCUGAGACGCAUUGCAGAGCUAGAAAAGAAAGUGGGCUCUGCAGAAAGCCCGAAGACGGCAGCUACCCCAGAGCUGGUCAAGUCGAAUCCCGUGGUCCACUCCUCAUCAAACAACAUGGUACAAAAGCAGCCGAAAGAGGACCAGCCCAAGGAGGAGCAGCCCAAAGGGGAUCAGUCGGAGGAUCAGGAGCAACUCCGAAAAACCGUGACAAGCCUGAAGGGGGAGCGGAGGACGCUGCAAGCGCAGCUGCUGGAGAGAGACCUAGAGAUGAAGCAGCUGCUACAGGCCAAGGUCCACUUGGAGAAGGAGCUGGAGAUGAUCAGGGAAGGCGAGAAGGAGAGGCAGGAGCGAGAGCAGGCUUUGAGAGAGAAAGUUGAAGCCCUCGCCAACAAAUGUCAAGAACUGGAAGAAGCUAAGAGACAAGAGAGAAAUUCAUUCUUAGCGAUAGAGCUGGCAGAAGCUAAGAGACGAGACAGAGAUUCUUCUGCACCAGUAGAAGAGAGAUAUUCUUCCGUGGCAGAGACUCAUGAGGCCGACCCAGAGCUCCACGCUCCCUCACCCUGCAGCGGGCCCUCCAGGCCAGUCUCCAACAAUGAGCCCGACUUCCACGACAGCGCCAGCGACAGGGGUGGCUCCUGGCUCCCCACGCCGUCCCCCGAAGAGAGGAGAGAGGCUGCCGUCAGGACCCUGCAGGCCCGGUGGAAGGCCCACAGACACAAGAAAAGAAAAGCAGCUUUGGAUGAGGCAGCAACUGUGCUCCAGGCGGCCUUCAGGGGACACCUAGCUCGGUCGAAGCUGGUACGCAGCAAAGCUCCAGACUCUGGGUCUCCCAGCGUGCUGAGCGCCCCCAGCCUUCCCAACCAGCUGCAGAGCUCUCCCACACCCCAUACCCCAAGCCCUGGCUCCCUGGCAGAAGACAGUCCAGUACAACAGGAGGCCAUCACUGCCAUCCAGUCCAUCCUCCGGGGAUACCUGGCCCAGGCCAGGUUCAUUGCCAACUGCUGCAGAGGACUAGCCGCCGCGUCUCAGAGGGAAGCUGUGGCAGCCAUGUGCUGGGAACCCACCUCCCCACCCUCCCUCGCAGCUUCUCCUGGGAAAGACAACCAGGAGAGCAGUGGGGAGGCUGCCAAGGAUGAAGAGGAGGCAGAGGAGCCGGCAGGCCUGCAGCCCAACUCAGGAGCAAUAAGAGCAGGCCUCUGUGCCAAGGAGACGCUGAGGGAGACUGCUCCAGGCGAACCUGCCCCCUCCUCACAGCAACCCUUGGUCCCCCAAAGGACCACCUCAGACUCCUCCCAAGGUGGCCAGUGGGACUGCUCAUCCCCAUCCAGUCUAGAGGCUGUGCCUGAGUCCAGUGUAAAGGAUGUGAUGUGCCCGGGUAUGUGUGAGGAAAGGAGCAGCAGCACCAGAAGUGCCAGUCCAUCCCAGGCAGAGUCCUGUCCCCAAGGACUGCAGCCCGUGUCACCACGACCUGUGGAGGGCUUCUAUUCGGAAGACUCCGAUGACGACAUUAUCUUUUCGCCAUUUCUGCCCAGAAAGAAAAGCCCCUCCCCAUUCUAGGACCCCAGUCCUUGCCUCCAGGUGAGGUGGCUGUGGGCCAGGCUAGAGGACUUACCAAGUGACUUUGAGAAGACGAGCUGUCUCGCUAGGGAAACUGCCCUACCUCGGGAACACCUCAGCCGUCGGUUUUCUUACGUGUUGUGCCUGUGCCUUUGAGAGCCUGGUGGCUCUGUGCUGCUGUCUGGGGAGGGUGGGUAGCCACCUCCCGCUUCCAUCCCUGGCUGCAGCCGCUGUGUUCCCAGUGCCCACAGAUAGGUCCACCCCAAGUCAGGGCAGCAGGGAGUCCUGCAAAGAACUCUCGAACACUCUACUGCCUGCCCUUGACCUUGGCCCCAUCAGCUGCCAUCAAGGCUCAGCCUUCCUCGCCCUGUGCCACCUAGUGCCUUAGCAGGUGACACUGCCACGUCUCCUGUCCCCACAGCCGAAUGCGGUCACAUCAGAGCCAGCAAGAAGCUAUGGCCAACAGGGUUCCCAGCUGAGCCCUGUCCCCUCUGCUGUCAUACCCCACCAUCUCCAUCCUUCUCGGAGGGGGACCAGGCAGUGUCCACAGAGUGAGUGGCACAGCUGCUACUGAGAGGCAGCCAGGGCACAGAUCCCACAGGUCACCCUGUGGAAGGGUGGAGAGCCGGGCCAGCGGGCAGCCGUCAUCCCAGAGGAGACAAGUCUCAGGGAAAGAUGAGUUCCAGGGCAGCCCUGUCGCCCUGUCACUGGUGCACAGGCGCAUCUGCAGGCCAAUGGUGCCACCGGCCCACUCGGCAUCCAGCAGCUUGUCUGUGAAACCCGCCACUGCCAGUGGGUGGGAAUGAGGGGCUUUGGGCUCGGACAGGGUUUUAGGAGUAGCCAGGCUCCAUGUAGCUUAGUCUGCUGCCCAAGGGCCUCCACAGGUCCCUGGGGAUGGAACUCCCUGGUUCCUUAGGAUUGGCUUUUGUCUCAGGAAAAAACUAAUGCUAGAAGCUUCCUUCUUGGACUAGACCAGUGGCAAGACCCAAGGGGUUUGUUUUUAGGAACCAUUUAAUUCCUGGCACCCUUCUGCACAGAAUACCUGCCUGAGCGCGUGCACAACAGGCUAGGCAUGGGAGGCUCAGGAAGAGAGCUGGCCUUGGCGGUGAGAGGCUGGGAAGGGGGCCCAGCUUUGUCUCCCUGCCCAGGAAGGGUUAAGUGCCCCUAAGACUGGGCUGGGCCGGGCCGGGCCGGGCACAGCUGCCUACCCCUUCUCUCCACCAGGGGGCUAAACCCGACUCGGCCAGGAUCCUGGCCAUCUCACUUGCCAAGUCAGUUUUCUUCCCGGUGAACUGGUGGUAAUUUUGCCAACAUGGCCGCCAUCUGGAGCCCUCUGUAGAUCAGUGUCCCUGUCACAGCCUGGGCGUGUUCCCUGUGACCCGCGCCACCACUUCAGACCCACCCACUAGGGCACAGGAUGCCUUGUGCACCUGCCUGUACCUGGGGGGGGCGGGGCAGGGGGCCACAUUUGGCUGCUCUGACCCUCCCUUGUUUAACAGCAGCCAUUGAGUGUUCUGAGAGUGAGCAGUCAGGAGUUUGGGGGAUGGUCUCCUGGGGCUGCCCCACCUCGGGAAAAGGACACUGCAAGAUGCCACCCCAGCUGCAGGGCAGUCUGUAUAUCUUGAGGCGCACCUAGCCUGCCCAGUGGGCUCUAAGGUCAAGAUCAGCUCUGCCCUUAGGUUUUCUAAGAACAUGUCCCUGGAGACCAGAAAGUUGUAAACCUCCUGUCCUUUGGUGCAGCAACUAAUCUAUUAAAGUAACCCUGUCUUGAA